CUAGAAUCUGCACAAAAAUAAUCGCAUAUCUUUGUGUGUGUUUUGAUGUUAUGUACUCAGGUGAAUAUAAUGUUUUUGAUGUUACUCUGAGUGUAUAUCCAGGCAGGCUGAAAAAUCACAUAUUGCUUAUUCCAAGUGUGUUUGUUCGAUACAAGCAAGUUAAGGAAACUUUCCCUGAUAUUUCACUGCUCAUCUGUGGCCUCAGCUAGGUUGGUUGCAUUGAAAUAUGAAAAUAAAAAAGGUAAAAUGGUUUAAAGUUUAAUUUGUUUGAGAUUGUUAUGAAUUUCCUGUCAUAUGAACUUUACAUUUGAUUUUCCGCCAUUCGAUUUUAUCUUUGAAAUAUAAGAUUUCGGAUGAUUUUCUGUUCUGAAAAUUAAAGCACUUCCGUUGAGAUAAGUAAUUUUAAUAACAGUGACUCGAAACUAUGUUUUAUUGUUUGAUAGACUGAAGAAACCCCUGGAAAUGAAUUGUUAUCAUCGCUGUCUGGAAUGCAGGAAACUAUUGACGCAAAGAUGGCUUCCAGUAAACUUUCCCUAUUCAAGGUAAGAAAACAGAUUUAGAAAAGGUAAGAAAAGAGAGAUAUAAACUUACCAAGGCAAGAAAACAGAGAUAGAAUCUUACCAAGGUAAGAAAAUAGAGAUAUAGAAACUUACCAAGGUAUGAAAACAGAGAUAGAAACUUACCAAGGUAAGAAAACAAAGAUAGAAACUUACCAAGGUAAGAAAACAAAGAUAGAAACUUACCAAGGUAAGAAAACAAAGAUAGAAACUUACCAAAAUAAAAAAACAGAGAUAGAAACUUACCAAGGCAAGAAAAUAGAGAUAGAAACUUACCAAGGUAAGAAAAUAGAGAUAGAAACUUACCAAAAUAAAAAAAACAGAGAUAGAAACUUACCAAGGCAAGAAAAUAGAGAUAGAAACUUACCAAGGUAAGAAAACAGGGAUAGAAACUUACCAAGGAAAGAAAACAGAGAUAGAAACUUACUGCGUAAAGAUCCUAGCAUGCGUUUAAAAAUGUAUUAGAUAAUUGGCUGGCUGACUAACAUACAAUCAGUUGUAAUUUGAUAUUUUCUGCAAUAGUUGACGAAUCCCCGAGGCCAUCCAUGGCCAUCAGGUAAAAGCGGCCGUCUAAAUUCAAAUUUUAAAAGUGGACAUUGAUAGGACAGUUGGACGGCCGCCUUGUUAAGUGCCCACCUUUCAAUAAUCUUUUCUUUUUCUGGCUUUAAGGACUCGUUACCUUUAGGACAAGAGGAGGUCGACAGGUUUGUAUACAAUAUAUAUACUUUCUUUAAUAUAUACAGCUGUUUACGUCAAAAGUAUAUCCCUAAUACGAAUAAGUAGUAUGCAUUAUUCGGCAAAAUGUUCGAUAAAAUUGGAUAGCUUAUUUAUGCUUCACAGUUCACACACCAAAUCCCAGUCGUAAAUUCCGUACAUUUCAUCCUAAUACCGAUUGGUCUAAUUGUGUAAUUAUCUGACAUGCCUACAAAUACGCGCCCAUGCACCGUCAUUAUUUUGAGAGCUAAAUCCCCCUCCCCUCCCAUCCUACCAGUACUAGGAACAAUGGGUCAUGGUCAUAGACAGGCGAAAUCUGCAUAUUACCCAGCAUAACGCACGCAUAAACACCAUAUAGACAGAAAUAUGUAUGCCGUUUAUUUGUUUGUGUUAGCUCUGUUUGUCUGAGAUAUGGCGGUUAGAUUUGCGUUGUGCUGUGCAUUAUUUUUUAUAAAACGUUCCAGAGUUAACAGUAGAGAGGUUCAGAUUGGACUUUCGCUACCGCUGCCAUUAUGGGACCAUUAACCAAUUAGAUGUGUUUGAUAUUUCCGAUUUGAAAAAGCCAUAAUUUACAUUAUUUUGAGGAAGGUCUGAAAACUUGAAAUUUUACCCGGAGGAAUAUGUUGGUUGAACAUUUAUUGCAAAUGUUUUUAAACACUUAAAAGUGCUUUAUUUUUUUAACUGCACGCAGUUGGAAACUCCCAAGUGAAGAAGUGGUUCACGAAAGUGGUCGAGUACGACGAAGAGCAACAUGGGAGGACGACGACAACGUUGACGACGGUAAUGAUGAUGGCGAAGAGGACGACUACGGCGAUGAUGAUGCCGGAGAUAGUGAUGAUGAGGAUAGAGACGAUCAGAGUUCUGAUAUUGAAAAAAGUGAUAAGACAAGGAAUGAAAAGAUCAAGUUAAAUAAAACGACGGUGAGUUGAACUGGGUUGUUCAAUGGCAGACAAAUGUAUCACCAAAACCACGCAUUUCACAACGUACUCCAGCUUCAAUCAUUUGGAUCUCGGCCAAUCUUGCAUGAAAUGUCAAGCGUCGUAUGCCAAAAUUAAAAACGUAUUUAAAUGUCAUGGUUGUUCCUGUUUUUUGUAACAUUUAAACCAUACAACUUUUUUCGGGGGAGAACACCCGAUAUAUGAAUUUGAUUAUAGAUUUGGUGUCAUUCAGGCCUGAAAUUUCCCUAAAACCUCUUCACAGCAUUGAGGUAAAAAAUUGCCGUAGAGUGCAGCGGCUUCCUACGGCAAUUUUCGCCAAUGCAUUUUUCAUGUAAUAUGCCAUAUGCAUUGUGGGUGACAGCUUGUGGUAGAAAUUUAGUUUUCUGUAUUUCUUCUGAGUUCAGUUCAGUGUUUAUCAUGGUUACACAUAAACCGGGAAACGUUUGUUUAAAGAAAGUAAAAACAUCUACACAAAGAAAAAUCAUCAUGGACAUCAACAUUCCUUCACAAUCUAGAUUUUUUAUUUUCAUAUCAGUGUUUCAAUAUGAACAAUUUUGCAAUGUUUUAAAAAUUGAAUAAAGAACGUUUUCAAAAUUUUUGCAGACUUCUAAUAAUACCAAUUCCCUAAAAAUCUAUACUAUGGCAAAAAACUGCCGUCGUUGUCCACAAUGAUCUACGGCAUUCUCGUCUCGAACUACGGCAAUUACCGCGAGUGCCACGAUAAAAAUCGAGCCUUGAUUUGUUUGUAGAAAAAUGAGUCAUUGGUUUACGAGGAGGAAGAUAGUGAUGCCUGUGGCGACAAUGAAAGUGACGUAGACGAGGAUGAACAUGUAAACCUUGACGACGUUUCUGAUAAUGAUAGCGAUGCUUCAACUGAUGAUCUACCCUGCAGUAGCAGUCAAGUAAAGCCAAACAAAAGAAAAGUCCCAAGUUCUUCCGAAGAGCCAUGCAGUGACAGCAAGAAAACAAAAAAGAAGAAACUCUCUCGUUCCAAUGACGGUGAGAUAACUGAUGUGAAAUCUGGCACUGCUGAGCAAGAAUCUGUGGAUGAGUCAGCAUGGGGUAUGUCAUAUAUCAUUUUUGCAAAUCUUGUUUGUAAUUUUGAGCGAAAACAAUAUACAUAAUUGAACCCUUACCGGCUGCAGCUUUAGGCAUUCUUUCAGAAAACUAACUUGCGUUGCUGGAAAGUGUUCGUCAGAGCGAGAGUUGCAACUCUCGUCAACUCUCAUCCUCGUUUGACUGGGGCUUAACACUAUGGUUUUAUGAACUAAUAACCUAUUUAGCGAUACAGUCUGUUAGAAAACACUGGAAUUAGCUGGGGGGAAUGGUGUUAAAACUGUUUACGACCUUCAUAGGUAUUGGACGUCAAUUUCCGCCAUCUUCGCUUCACUUUUCUCAUAGGUCGAAUGACUGAGGUUCUUGGUCCAGAUAUAUAUAGAGCUCACUGUUAGCAUCAAGCAAUAUAUGUUUAUGUAAUUUCAUAGGGAAACAAUACUGGAGUAAAAAUCUGAUGGAGAAAGCUCGAGAGGCUUAUCUUAGACAUCAAAACAACACUCCCAACUUGAAGAAGUUGAUAUAUGGUCAAGGUAAGAUAACAGGGAAUAUGUACAAUACAUUUUAAGGCCAUACAGUAACUUUACACGACGCAAUUUUUGCUGCAACUUGCAACGCGAUUUCUGACAUAGAGCGACGUGAUCUAAAAGGUGGUCGCAGGAAAAUUGUGCACAUGGUCAAAAUUUUACAGGGUAAUCGACAUGUACACAUGCACCCUAGAAAUUUAGAUCGAAACACCCCCAAAAUCUAAAAUCCUAGCUAAGACUCUGCGUAUAGCUGUAUUUUGACUUCAAAAUAUCCUAUAUAUUUAGGUGCUUCCCGGAAUUCUACUGCCGAGAAUGAGAGUGAAGAUUCCGAUGAAGGGGCUGUUGGUGGUCUCUUCAGGAUGAAAAAUCAAACCAAGAAUGUAAAAGAUCAAGUAAUGCACGAGCGUGAUUCCUCGAAGAUCAUAGUGCAAGACACACGAGAAUGGCAGGAGAUAUUGGCAGAUAUCAAGGAUUGUUUUGUCACUGGCAAAUGGACUGAAACUGAAGACGCUGAAGCGUUGCUUCAACUUGAUGAUCAAGAUGACGGUAGGUUUCUAGUUGUCGAUGCGAAUCUGCGAUAUGCUCGCUCGACACCGGCAGGGAUGAGCCAAAUUAAACAACACUUUGUACUCGUUUAUAUUAUACUUAUUUCCGUUAUACUUUAAUCGUUUAUAACAUAGUACGGUACAAAAACGUUGUAACUAUAGUACAAGAUCGGUAGAAUUAAGCUAAGUUGUUCGUUCAAUGUACGUUAAUCGCUAAUGAAAUUCUCGUCUAGACGACCUUGCAGUUAAAUAUUAGCGGUAUGUUAUAUGAAUAUAUUACAUGACACAAACAAGUUAGAAUUGAAAGGCGAAUAUGCAAAUAGUCUCCUAAAUUUGAAUAAGUAUCUAUAACUAUCUUAAAUUAAACAUAAACAAUAAGCUAUAUAUUUUUGGCACUAACACUAGUUGAAUGGUUUCGGCAACAGAGUUGAGACAAAAAAUCAACCAGUCGGAUGGAUUUUGUCAAAACAAGGUGUAAAUAAAUUAGUCUCUUCCCUGAAACCAGUACUAUUUAAUAACCAGUUAUUUGAUGAGGUUUUUGUGAUAUCCGAAAUUAUGAAGGUAUUGGUAAGUGUUAUCAGUGUAACCGAAGGCGAGAUUGAUAAUUACCAGUGGUGUCAAGUAACGAAGUAAAUGUACUUCGUUACUCUACUUGAGUACUGUUUUUGAGAAGUGAGCACGUAACAAAGUAAACUUUUUCUGGAGUACUUUUAAUUGGAACGAAGUCGUUUCAAGAAGUAGCGUUUUACUUCGUUAUUUUCAUUUUGUGUCGAAGUAUUUCGUUACUUUCUAACUUUUGUGUUUAAUUUUACGUAAUUUAUUCCUGAUUUAUUUUCAUUUUGGGAUAGGUAAUAGGACCUCUACAUGCGUCCGGGGUCUGGAAAGUAGACCAUGCCGUGAAAUAUUGUAUAUUUAUAAUGCGUGUGCUGUUUUGUGUUUUUUUGUAUCUCAAGCUAUCAGUCGAAUCAUUGAACCUUCGAUUCCGGUGCAGCGCUUUAACCAACUGAGGUACAGAGGCAAGCUGACGAGCGUUAACCACAGGUUCUUGUUUUUUAUGGAUUUUCGGGUGUGCGGGUUAUGACAUGGUGAACUUGAAAGAUUUUGUUCUGCACUUCAUUACACUUCACUUGGUUGAAACUGAAUAUUGGAGAAGAUGGAUAAUCCAAGUGACCAGGAACGGUUGCGAAAAAUGCAACACCAGGUCCUCUGACAGGAAUCGAAGCUGCGGCCCUUUAUUAUACUUUGCAAUUUCAUUAAAGACAUUAAACUCCUUCGACAAACAAGGAUUUGUCGCACAAACGUUCAGUUCUUAUAAAAAGAAUGUUAGAAAACUCAUUUAUGUAUACUAAACUUUCGAUAAAAAUGUCAAAAAGCUUGUCUGCUCGCGGAUAACUGAGUUAUCUGUAGAUUGCAUGAUUUCCAUAGUUAGCUGUGAGCUAUUGGCCAAUCAGAAGACACCUACUGACUACAGUGUAUAAUAAUAAUUGUUAACGACACAAAUUUAAUUAUGUAUGGUUUCUUUAGAGGAAAUAUUUGGAGAUUUCGAAGAUCUUGAGACGGGAGAAGUACAUCGCGGGGACAAUGUGGAGAAAGAUGAUGAAUGUGGAGACGAAAGAAGUGAUGAUGCUGAUCGAGAUGAAGAGAACGAAAAACAAGAAAUCGAAGAAAGAAUUGAAAAGAAGAAGAAACUGAAAGCUUCUUUUGACGUCCAGUAUCCUUUUAUACAUCAGAGUAGCUGAUUGCACCCCGUAUUGUUUGACUGAUAAUAUCUAGCCAACUCUCAUCAAUUUUCAUGCAACCGUUGUUCUCGCUUGACCGCGGCAUGAGAAUUGAGAAAACGUUCAAGCAAACUCUCGCUUCUCAAUUCUCAUCAACUCUCAUCCUCGUUUGGAGCUGGGAAAGAGCUGAGUUUUUGUAUUGAUUUAAUGAAAAUUCGUGCUUACGUAGAAAGUGUUAAACACCACGUGCAUUUGUUGGCUCCAAAGUUCAUUUCUUCACAAGAGAAGAAGCAGGAAUAAUUAGCGUAUGGAAACAAAUGAUGGAAUAGUUCACUUUGUUAAUCCAUUAAAUAGCAGUCACACUGAUCAAUUAUUUUCAUUCUCGCCAUGACAUGACAUGAAACCGGUAACAUAGAAUAGAACAAAAUGCAAAAUAAUGCCUUUUAAAAAAGGGAAAUAUGAUUUUGUACAAAGCAUGCCAAAUAAUUCCACAACAUACGCAUUUUAUGCAAUCUAUUUUGUUCUGUGUAGGAUUCCUUACAGCUCUACUGAUAAAAAAAUUUAAACCAUCAGGAACAAAUUGUUAUAGCUGUACAUUAAACAACAACACUAAUCGGGAUGCUUAAUUGAUUAUCUUAGAAAAAGUAUCUAAUGUUAGUCAAAUGGCACAACUCUGGACUCUUUAUUCAUUUCAUCAAGUGACCCAUGUUCUGAAAGAUUCGCAUAACUUCGUGUCCGCCACCGAGAUAUUUUGUUAAACAUUUCCUGCACAUUACCAGCACUGAAGCAGUUGUUGAAUGGAGCCAAUAAAAACGCUGUUCCAAAAAAGCUGCGUAUUAUCUUUACCGUUGACUAUAAUACCCAUAUAGUCUUGGCCUUAACUAGUAUGCAGAUAUGAUGAUGGAGAGGAAAGCACGUACUAUGAUGAUCUUAAAGCUCAAAUGACAGAGCAAGCUCGGGUAAGUUAAACAUAUUGUGCAUAAUUUUAAUAUUCAACCGUUCCAAAAGCGCGUAUAUUAAAUAAUUGUUAUUAAAUCAUAAUAAGAGGAGGUUUUUUGUAUGUUACGUAACACGCGCUCAAAACAAAUGAGUAUAAUAUAGCACUUGCGGACUACAUUUUUUUUCUCGAUACGUUUCUCAAUCGGCAAACAAAUUUAGAAAGUUUAGUGCUUUAGCUGUAAUAUAAUGCUAAAAUGAAGAGAUUUUAGAAUAGAAGUUCAAUAAGUUUUGCUUGUGUUGCUGUAUAUAUAUCAUGGCGUCACUUUUAAAGUAUCAUUGAUAAUUGUAUUUUAAUUAAUGGGUGAAUCCAGCUAUGGCCUAAAUUUUGAUCAAGGCAAGAAGAAGAAAUUUACAGCUAUAGAAAGAGCGUCUUAGAAUGAGUAAAACUGCAAAGAUUGGUUGCUAAAUGUUGUAAAACGAAGAAAAUAUAGCCCUGUGAAGUUCCCAAAUUUUGUACAUAUUUGCAUUACGCGCGGUAAAAAUAACCACUUUCGGCUCAAGAAUGGUUAUUUUUCCCGCGCGUAAUGCAAAUAUAUACAAAAUUUGCGAACUUCGCAGGGCUAUAUUUUCCUCAUUUUACAACAAUUCGCAACCAAACUUUGCAAUUUUACUCAUUUUAAGAUGCUCUUUCCAGCUAUGGUAAUGGAUUUCGUUCUUCUUGCCUAGAUCAAAAUUUCGUCUAUAUAGCUGGAAUCAUCCAUUGGCAUUUUUUACUCUGUAGCUCAGCCUCAGGUGGUUAGAGCGCUUCAUUGGAAUCACAGUGCCGCAGGUUCGGUUCCUGCCAUAGGGCAUGUAAAGUUGUAUUUUUUGCAACUGCUUCUGGUUAGGUUUAAUAAAUGUAUUAAAUUCGCUCUUCCAUCAACGAAUUCCUUCAACAAUAGACAGGUCCACAAGACCAAACCACAAAAAUGGCAUGAAACUUGUGCAUUAUAUUUGUGAAAUAUCAGUAAAUUUAUGUUUUUAAAAUAGUUCAUUGAUAAAGUGAAAUUUUGAAUUUAGUUGAAUCAAGAGGAAUUUGAAGGGAUGGAUGAUGAGACAAGAAUUCAGUAUGAAGGAUACCGCGCUGGAAUGUACAUUAGACUCGAGGUGGGAUAUGAAAUGUUAUUCAUGUAUUCCUUCACCUUAGGGGCAGAUAAAAAAGAGCGGAAUUUGAAAAAGAAUUCAUGCAAGCAUUUAAGGAAAGAAAAACAUCCUACUACUACAUGGAACGUACAAAAAAACUCCUACACAGCUUCUGUUUACGCCUUAAAAAAGUUGCAAAGAAAGUCCCCCCCCCCCUUCGUCCCUCCCCCUCCCAGGAUAUCUAAUGGUGCACUCUCUAAUGGGCUUUUAAACAUCGUUUAAACGCUGUGGUGAUGAAGGCGAGACAAACGAAUUUAAUUACACUAACCCAAAUGGGCCAAAUGGGGAGGGGGGAUGUCGGUGUCACCAAUUGGCAUUUCCACAGGUGCCUGUACACAGUCACUCUUGACCAUGAAAUCGCCCACCCAAUUCAAAAUGGCCUCUAUUUGAGGAGCAGGUGAUACGUAUUAAGGCCCGUGUACACUUGCAAUUUUUGCUGCGAUUUCUAGUGCGACUUUCUUCUCUGGUGCAUGUGAACGAGUGGAUAAGCUAUGAAUGUUCUGAGUAUAUGUACCACUGAGGUACCCUCAUCUGAACAUUCAUAACUCAUCCACUUGUUCGCAUCUAUCAGAAAAGGAAAAACACAGCAAAUGUUUUCCUGAAAAAUGUUUUCCUUUAAGAAAUGUUUUCCUGAAAACUAUGGGGCUAAACGUGGGGGCUGGUGCAAAAUAUGUGUGUCGCUGUAAGUCAUGCAGGUCUUUUGCUGUCAAAUAGUACCUUUUUGUAUCAUUGUGGUAAAAAAGACCAAAUACGAUCCGAUCAAAACUGUCGGUCGAAAUGAGUGCAUCACUAUAAUUGUCUUAAUAUUUUAAUAUUUCUCAUUUCGAAUUUUGGGCAAAUGUUCAAAAAUUCAAAGCACAUUUUAUGCAUACGAUUGGGAAAAUCGGAUCGGAUCUGACCAUUUUUGUUCGCAAUGGUUCGCUAACAUAUCAUUUAACAGCUAUUAAAAGGCCUGAACUUUAUUGAUACGAAAAAGUUAAAUCUAUCAAUUCACUAUUAAGUUGAUAUGAACUCGAAUGAUCCGUGCCAAUGUAGGUCAGUGCUUCCAUUUUCAAAAAACAUAAUUUCCUUCCAACCGUUCAAAUUUCCUUAUUUUUGAAAAAUUUCCUUGCAAUAAAAAUUAUUGAAUUUUACCUAAUUUAAAACUGAUUUUAUAGUAAUUUAUCUCGAAUAAACGUUGCACGAGCUGAAUUAUCAAAGGAGAGAGACAAAGAAUUUACCUAGAUUAACACGAAGAAAUUCCUCCCCCAGAAAAUUUUCAGAUUUUGCAUCUCGCAGACAGGAUUUUCAGCAUAUUUUGAAGCGCAUUUCCUUGGAAAUUGCCGUAUUCUUAGGAUUUUUUAGAAAUAAGGCAAUUUCCUUCACAUUUCCUUCAAUCUUCCGAAAUUUCCUUCAAAUUUCCUUCAGAUUCGAAUUUCGUAAUAAUUUCCUUCAACUAGUUCAAAUUUCCUUCAAAAAGGAAAUUUCCUCCAAAAUGGAAGCACUGAGUAGGUAGUAACAAAAACACCAGAAUCAAACUGCGGAUUCGACUACAUGCAAAAUACGUUUCGAGCGAAGGCGCUUCGUCGGGAUGUUAGUAGCCAAACGUAUUUCUAAAACUUUGUUAUAUUACCUGUAUAUCAAAUAUUGGACUUUGUUUGGCAUGCACAUGUGACUUAAAUGACGUCACACUGCAUAAUGAGUUUUUAGAAAGAAAACGUUUCCUUGUCAAACAUGUGAUAAUUCCACUCACAUUGAAAGUUAUGCACUUUAAGAACUAUCAAAGCUAUCAUUUCGUCUGCAAAUUUGAGUUGAUAACAAUUUUAUCAAGCAAGAAAAAACAGUCUUCUAUAAAAUACAUUAUGCAAUGUGACGUCAUUUAAGUCAUAUUUGCAUGCCAAACAAAGUCCAAUAUCUUGACAUACAGGAAAGAUAACAAAGUUACAUUAUGAUUUUAAAUGACAUUUGCAAUUCAAUCAUAAAAAAUUCUUGCAUAGGCACUUUAAGUUGAUAUGCGGUGUAUAUGAAAACGUAAUGUUAUCGUUGACAGGUUGAGAAAAUCCCAUGUGAAUUCAUAAAUAAUUUCAAUCCAACGUAUCCUGUCGUUCUUGGUGGACUUCUCUCCAACGAAGAUAACAUUGGCUAUAUCAGAGUAAGUUGA